AUGAUGGGGUUGAGAAACGCUGCCCAUUUAUUGAUGCCGAAGCUCAUCCUUCUACUCCCUUUUUCUUCCCUCGUCCUUUCUUUCUGAUUAGCUCUCGGUGCGUAGUCUAGGGUUUUUACCUUUCCGAUCCUUUCUUUGAUCUUUUGUUCCAUCCCUCGGUGGCUAUUUUGGGUGCUUGUUUUUGAAGAUCGAGCCCUUACGAGAGUCACAUCUGCGCUUCGCGGAAGCUGAAAUCGGGGAAACCUUCCGCUCCACUCAAAUAUCGACCCGUUUCCCCAAAAUGGCACCUGCUAUGAAGAGGGAGUUCAUGGAGAGCGUUGGAGGGAGGAGUGUUGGUGGGUAUGCUCCGGCGCCGCCUGGUAUGGUGGCGAUCGGGAGAGGGAGCUUGAUGGGGUUGGAGGAGGAGGUGGAUGGUGGCAUGGAUGAGUUUCUUGCUGAGCUUGGGUACAAGGUGAGGUCCUCUGAUAUGGCGGACGUGGCGCAGAAGCUGGAGCAGCUGGAUAUGGCGAUAGGAGGCAGCGCGGCGCAGGAAGAUGCGCUGCUUACUCACCUUGCUUCUGAUACUGUGCACUAUAACCCUUCCGAUCUGUCGAACUGGCUGGAAAGCAUGCUCUCGGAGCUCAGCGCGCCGCCUCUACCGCUUCCGCCGGCGAUGCAUCCUAAUUUUAGCGGCUACAAACCCGCGCGCCCCCGUUGGAGGCACGUCGUGUACGGAUCGGAGCCCCAGAUGGAGAGUGGAGCUCGAGAUCGCAAGCGGAUGAAAACUUCGUCGUCUUCUUCAUCUUCCAGAGGAGGAUCUGGCGGUGGUGUGAUCGUGCAAACUUCUCCAACGAUUGGGUCUUUGCUGCCCCCUGCAUCCGGUACCGAGGUAUCUUCUGCGGUGCCCGUGGUCAUGGUGGACACACAGGAGGUGGGGAUCCGUCUAGUCCAUGCGCUUAUGGCCUGUGCUGAGGCGGUUUACCAGGAGAAUUACAAAGUGGCCGACGUGCUCGUUAGGCAGAUCUCAGUGCUCGCCUCUUCUCAGGGCGGUGCGAUGCGUAAGGUUGCCGGCUACUUCGCCGAAGCUCUCGCCCGCAAAAUUUAUCGUCUUCACCCACAGCAGGACUGCUCUCUGGAUUCCGCUUUCUCCGAUAUCCUUCAGAUGCACUUCUACGAAAGCUGUCCCUACCUCAAGUUCGCCCACUUCACCGCCAAUCAAGCCAUCCUCGAAGCCUUCGCCGGCUGUCGGCGUGUUCAUGUCAUCGACUUCAGCAUGAAACAGGGGAUGCAGUGGCCGGCACUGAUGCAGGCUCUCGCACUCCGACCUGGCGGCCCCCCAUCCUUCCGCCUUACUGGAAUCGGUCCACCCCAACCAGACAACACCGACGCUCUUCAACAAGUCGGUUGGAAGCUAGCCCAGUUCGCGGACACCAUCCACGUUGACUUCGAUUACCGCGGCUUUGUCGCUAAAAGUCUCGCUGAUCUCGAGCCCUACAUGCUCGAAACCCUCUCACCGGCAAGCGAUGGAUCCGGCGAGCCGGAAGUCGUGGCGAUCAACUCCGUAUUUGAGCUGCACCGCCUCCUAGCCAGACCCGGGGCUCUGGAAAAAGUUCUUUCCACCGUUCGCGCGGUUAAACCCCGCAUCGUAACCGUGAUAGAGCAGGAAGCAAACCACAACGCUGGUCCGUUCAUGGAGCGCUUCACCGAAGCACUCCACUACUAUUCAACGAUGUUCGAUUCACUAGAAGGCGGCGUUAGCGUCGGCGAAGGCCAGCAGGACCAGUUGAUGUCCGAGGUCUACCUCGGCCGGCAAAUCUGCAACGUUGUGGCUUGCGAAGGGUCGGAGAGAACAGAGCGUCACGAGACGCUCAAUCAAUGGAGGGCAAGAAUGGGUAGUGCCGGUUUCGAACCCGUACAUCUUGGCUCCAACGCCUUCAAGCAAGCAAGCAUGCUCCUCGCCCUCUUCGCCGGCGGAGAUGGCUACCGGGUCGAGGAGAAGGAAGGCUGCCUCACCCUCGGCUGGCACACGCGCCCAUUAAUCGCCACCUCUGCUUGGCGGGUCGCCGGAGCCGCCGAUUCCAUCUCUGCUUCCGCGGCCAGUGAUGCGCGCUAAUCCUAACGCGCGGCGAGAUCUCUUUAUUUUCCUCUAGCUAUUCUCAGCCGUCGGAUGAGAGAUCCCGGUUCGGCCCGGCUCAGUGGGCCGGCUCACGGUCAUCACGUUUUGGGGUUCUCGAUUAAACCGGAAGGACGGGUUGAAUCGUUGCUAAACCUUCCCAUGUUGCCGUGGGUCCCACCCCGGAUCCGAACCCUUUUUUAUUUUAAAUUUAAUGAUCGUACGUCUAGCGUCUAAGCAUCUCCUUUUGUGGAGGGGGACUUCGUUUUGGGUAUGAAUCUGUUCUGUGUGUAUCUAAUUUUCCCUUCUGUCCAUAUGUAAUAUAAUAAACUCCGAAAGGGGAUUCUUUUA